UGAAUUAAUAUUUAAAUGUGAUAUUUGACCCCUCUUAAGGCCAGCCAAGCAUAAAAAGCCCUGGAAUAGUCUAUUUUCUUCCAUUCAUCUUUAAUUUUCUGUCUUGUCCUCCCUUUACUUUCCCUUUCCUGUCUUCCUAGUGGAAAAUAAUGGAGUACAAACAUGAAACUUUGACUCUCUCAUCCAUCUUGCUUCUGAUGCUGGUUGGUUUCGCAAGGUCUGAUAUCAAUCAAGACAAAACAGAAUGUGCUAAUCAGCUAGUUGGGCUUGCUCCAUGUCUCCCAUAUGUUGGCGGACAGGCAAAAACCCCCACCAUAGAUUGUUGCAGUGGGCUCAAACAGGUGCUGGAUAAGAGCAGGAAAUGCCUCUGUGUCUUGAUUAAAGAUAAAGAUGACCCCAGCCUUGGCCUCAAUAUCAACGGUACUCUUGCAGCAACUCUUCCCAGCACAUGUCGUGCCCCUGUUAACAUGACAGAUUGCAUCUCCCUUCUGCACUUGGCACCCAACUCCCAGGAAGCAAAGUUAUUUGAAGGAUAUCAAAAGCUGACAGAGGGGCAGGCCAGUAUCCCAUCUGCCAGUGGGAAUUCCACUAGCAGUGCUGCAGACGAGAGUGAUGGAGGAAUGGGAAAGAAGUGGGUGGGAAUUGAGAUGGCUUUCGGAGUUUCACUAUGGGUUUUCACUAUAUACCAAAACUUUGGUGGUGUGUGAUAAUGGAAUUUACAGACAAGUAAUUAAUGUAUCCAUAUUUUAUAAACAGUGGUCAUGAUCAAGUUAUGUAUUUUAUAGUC